GAAAGAGAAAGAAAAGGGCUGGAGAAAGAGAGAGAAAAAUAUUGCUGUGUCUUAACAAGAAAGACAUUCAACGGCUGAAUAAAAAGGUGCGGGGGGGAAACCCUGUUCAUGUUUUGGGAUAUCAUUCUUUCAACUGGCUGGAACCAGAGUGGAUCAAAAGAAUGGGAAAUGCCAGCAAACCCUUUAGAAGAACUGCUUCUUUCCUAUGCUUUUUCUCUGUACUGUUGCUGACUGAAGGGAGCAAGACAGGGAAGACAACAUGUCCAGCUUGGUGUAUUUGUACCAAAGAUAAUGCUUUAUGUGAAAAUGCCAGAGCUAUUCCGCGCAGCGUUCCACCUGACGUUACCUCACUUUCCUUUGUGAGAUCGGCUUUUACUAAAAUCCCAGAAAGGAGUUUUGUCUUCUCACCAUCUCUGCAACUUCUGUUAUUUACAGCAAAUACAUUUGAUGUCAUUAGCGGUGAUGCCUUCAUGGGCCUUCCUCAUCUAGAAUAUUUGUUUAUAGAGAACAACAACAUCAAGUCUCUUUCAAACACUUCCUUCCGAGGACUGAAAUCUUUAAUUCACCUGAGUCUUGCAAACAAUAAUCUCCAAACCCUCCCAAAAGACAUAUUCAAAGGCUUGGAUUCUUUAACAAAUGUGGACCUUAGAGGUAAUGCAUUCAAAUGUGACUGCAAAUUGAAGUGGUUGGUUGCAUGGGUGAGCAGAACAAAUGCAACAGUAGAGGACAUUUAUUGUGAAAGUCCUCCGGAAUAUAAGAAGCGAAAAAUCAACAGCCUCUCUCCCAAUGAAUUUGAUUGCAUUAUUACAGAAUUUGUUGUUUUUCGGAAACUGCCUUAUCAGUCACUAUCGGUGGACACAUUCUCGUUUGAGAAUGAUGAGUUUGUUGUCAUUGCCCAGCCUUUUACUGGAAAGUGUAUCUUCCUUCAAUGGGACCACGUGGAAGGGACUUUUAGAAAUUUUGACAACAUUACAGGGACAUCAGUGGUUGUAUGCAAGCCUGUCAUUGUCGAGAGAAACCUAUACAUCAUAGUUGCCCAACUUUUCGGCGGCUCCCAUAUAUACAAAAGAGAUGUUAAUGCAAAUAAAUUCACUAAAAUUCAGGAUAUUGAGAUUCUCAAAAUCAGAAAGCCUAAUGACAUUGAAAUAUUCACGAUGGCGAAAGAAUGGUAUUUUGCAAUAGCAGACAGUUCAAAAGCUGGAAUCACCACUGUUUACAAAUGGAAUGGAAUAGGAUUUUACUCUGACCAGUCUUUGCAUGAGUGGUAUAGAGAUACUGAUGUGGAGUACCUUGAAAUAGCUGGCAAACCUCACUUGAUCCUGUCCAGUAGUUCUCAGCACCCUGUCAUAUAUCAGUGGAACAAAGGAGCAAACAAAUUUGUUGACCCUGUUGACAUUCCAGAUAUGGAGGAUGUUUAUGCCGUAAAGCACUUCACUGUGAAAGAGGACAUUUAUGUUUGUCUAACAAGAUUCAUUGGCGAUUCCAAAGUAAUGAAAUGGGGAGGUUCGAAAUUUCUGGAUUUACAAAGGAUGCCGUCUAGAGGGUCAAUGGUAUUCCAGCCUCUUCAGAUAAAGAAUUAUCAGUAUGCUAUUCUUGGAAGUGAUUAUUCAUUUACUCAAGUCUAUUUCUGGGAGGCAGGAAAGGCGAAAUUUGUGAAGUUUCAGGAAUUAAAUAUACAAGCUCCAAGAUCUUUCACACACAUUUUUGUCGACAAGCAAGAUUUUCUCUUUGCCUCAAGCUUUAAAGGGAAUACAGUGAUUUAUAAACAUAUCAUAGUGGACCUAAGUGCGUGACACAGAGAUUUUUGGAAUUUGUUGUGAGGCUUCCUCCAGUGAUAACAAGGACCUAAUGAACUAAAUGCAUGAUGAUGAUUCUCCUUUACUUCCAGUCUGCGGAAUGCCUUUAAUGGAUCAGAUUGCUAGAAUCAAAUACUACAAGUAUCUUCAUCCGUAAAUGUCAUGUCUAGUGCUUUUGGGAAUUGCUUUUUUUUUUUUAAGAAAAGACAAAUUAAAUCAUUAAUUAUUCUUUGCAGUCACAAUGGCUUGGAUCCAAAUUUAGUCACACUUAAAGUAGACCCAUUGAUAUCAAUGGUACAUAGUACAGUGAUGAAUAACUCAAGUCCCACUGAUUCCAGUGGGUCUAGUCUAAACAUGACUAAGGCUGCAUACACACCAUACAUUUAGAGCACAUUUAAAGCACAUUCCCCUCGCCCAAGAAUCCUGAGAACUGCAGUUUAUCUUUCACAGA